AUGAAAGGCGAGUGUGACAUGGGCAUGACUUUCAGGCCGAGCGAGACGUCGUCUCUUUUACGCACUUGGGCCCUGUUGCCACAUUUCCUGUGCCAGCUUCCUGUGCAAACGUCGCUCGCCCUCCUGCUGCUGCUCCUGAUCCUGCUCCGGUCCCCAACAGCGUCCAGCAGCAGAGACCAGCAGUGUGCAAGUUCUGUGCAGCGGACCUUGAAACUGACCAGACUCAUCCACACGGAAUCUGUGGAUCUCAUCAAAACAUACAGAGCCUCCCAAGGAGACAUGUCCCACCUCUUCUGCAAGGUGUCCAUCCCCGACGUCCCCGAGCCCAACAUCUCCGGCCUGGAGCCCUCGGAGAGGACGGAGAGCAUCCUCCGCCACCUGCGGGUCUUCUCCUCUCACCUGAGGCGGGUGUACGAGCAGCAGACGGACCUGCAGCGCCCCGACAGCGGCCUCCUGGUCCAGCUGGACACGGUGGGGGAACGCAACCGGGGCCUGGAGGCGCUCCUGCGGAACUUCUACCGGGACGUUUUCCCCAACCUCCAGGACUGGCCGGCGGGGGCGCCCGCCUCCCUGCCGCCCGCGCAGAACACCUUCCAGCAGAAGGUUUACGGCUGCGUGGUGUUGAAGACCUACAAGGACUUCCUGCUGAACGUCUGCAGGGAGCUGAGGAGCAUGAGGAGCCGAGUGUGCCGAGGGAGACGCAAUUUCCUGUGAGACUGUGAGUGCCUAUUUAUCAUAUUUAAUAUUUAUUUUUCUUAUGUAUUCUGAGCGGCCGCAAGCACCUUAAAUAUGUCGGGGUGAUUACAAGUACUUAUUGCAUC